GCGUAAUUUCAAAAUGGAGGUUGACAAAGUUAAAAUAUCACAAAGAGUUAUAAAUUUAUUAAAGAACUUAUCCUCAAAAGCGUUAUCAGAGACUGCGAUUGAUUUGAUUGAUGAUAGCAAAUCACCGAAACCACGGGGGAAUAUAACGGAUUUAUUAGAGAAAUACAAUAUUCAUAGAGCUAAACAAACACAAAAAACCCAAUUAACGCGUGAAUUAACUGCAGACUUCCCAUUAGGUUUUACUUAUAGACAAUUAGCGAUCAUUUAUUUCAAUAUUUUUAAGGAGAAGCCAUUAUUACUUGAAUGGAAAUGCUACAAACUGACUAACUCGAAAUCACCAUCAAUACAUGAAUUUACAGAGGUUUUCAUCAAUACACUUAGUGUAACGCAAUCUUUUGGACUUUAUCAGACAUUUGUGCCUACAUCAAUCAUACCGUCGCAAUCAGAAUAUGGUAUCGAAGGUACUACUAUUUUCACUUUAAUUUUUACGUCAAUGCAACCUGAGACUUUACCACCUUCUAACCACAGAAUUAUGUUUAUUCCACUUCUAAAGGCCGGCAAAAUCCUUAUGACCUCCCUUAAUCAAUCUUUCAAGCCAUUUUUCGAUAGAGCGCUAUUGAAUGCAUUCGGUCACGCCGAAGGACUUCAAUAUACCAAUUUACGCGACACAAACGUAGGCGCACUUAAAAGCCUUACCCUGGAUCCUAAAUCUCAAGGUAUUUGGAAGAGGUUGACCAAUCAUUGCGUGAAUAUUCCAAAUCCACUCGAAGAAGCACCUGAUAGGAUAGACGAAGACCCACUUAUAGCAGACCACGAAUUGAAACCACCCUCACUUGGUGAAAAAUACGACGGUAUUAUCGUACAAUCAGAAGAACGCAACCAAGAAAUGCUUAGAAGACAAAGAGAAGCAUUGGAUCUUUGGGGUGAUGGGGACGAUUUACCACAGAUCUCCAGCUUAUCAUUUAAUGUCCAAAUGCCAUGGAAAAUAAAAGACGAGAAAGGUACUCUCGAUUGUAGUUUGAGUUUCCACGGCAAGAAUGUUUAUGCAGGUCUGAGACAAUGGGAGCUCGAAGGAAAAACAACCGAAGCUGGUUUGCCUGGAUGGCUAACACAGUCAAUGGAAUGUGGACAAACUGAGAAUCUUCUGGUUAAAACAUCACGAAAAUCCAAUAAAUGGACUUACGUAUUCGAAGAUGAGGAGGACUACGACAACAUCUAUGGUCCUUUAUUAGAUAGUGACACCGAGGAUGAAGGAACUAGUCAACAUAAAAGACGGAGAGAUAAGGAUUUAGAAGAGAGCAGAAAGAAAUCUAAGCAAAUAGAAGAUCUCCAACAGGAGAGGGAGCAAGAAAGAAUAAAAUCCAAAUACGAGAACCCACAGCGACCAAUACAGUCAGGACGUGAUGAUAACAUUCAACGUGCAUACCAGAUAUUUGCUAGAGAAACACCAUUGAAAUUAAAAAAAGCUAGAGAGGAAAUGCAAAAGCAACCACGACCACCACGGCGACCAUCAUUUAGAUCAUCUUCUGAAUAAUUUACGCGUUAAUAAACAAUCUAAUUGCACUAUAGUAUCAAUCGGAGAACUUGUUGUAAAAUUAUGCAUACAUAUCAGUUAAAC